CGGGUUUAUGAUUUAGAUUUUUUUUAUUGAUAGUGAGACUUGUUCACUUCUCAUAAGUAUAUAUUACUCGACCGUCAGUUAUAAGUUAGGAAACUAAUAAAGCUUGAUAAUUUCACUAACGUCUUCUAGAACAACUGCAUAUAAUUUACUCGACCGUCACUGGAUAAGAAUAUCUUUGCCCUUACUGUUGCUCGCCGCUAGGUACUCAGCUGCUAGAGCGAGAACGUCCAGAAAACUCCGCUUUUACUUCCUCUAAUUCCCCAAUCCGACCAAGCCUCUCCUAGUGACUCGACAACACAACUCAGGAACAACACUACAGCUUCCUUUGACGCCAAACGUAUCCUAGCUGAAGAGGAAGUCAAACAAAAAGCAGAGAAGCAAACCACUACGUUGCAGAAUGCUGGCGCUUUUUUUUAAGGCGGGUCGAAGAAUUUUUUCAAUUUCAUUUCUACAAGUACGUAGCUUAUUGUUCUCCUGAUAAUUUGCUGUUGGGUAUCUGUAACUGUAUGAUGUAUCAAACUACAACUGAGAAUGAAAUGCUUCACCAGCCUUUAAUUUUUGAUUCGACUUUGUAAAGGUGAUUUUGCGAACGUGAAUCUUAACUGGGAGACUAGCGUGUCACGGAACGUCUUGGCAAAGUUGGGAAUGGAUAGCUACAAAGUGUGGAUGUCGCAAAACCACAUCUGGC